AUGGAGAAACUGGACGACAAUGCGACCCACGAUUCGGAGGUGGGUCCUAUGAGUGAGAAUGCCGAGUACAACUUGGCGGAGCAGCACGAUCAGCUGGCUCGUGGCCUCAAGAGUCGUCAUAUUCAGUUUUUGGCCCUUGGUGGUGCCAUUGGUACCGGUCUCUUCAUCGGUUCCGGAGGUAUCUUGUCUGCCACAGGUCCUGCACCGCUCUUCAUGGCCUACAGCUCCAUGAUGAUGAUUGUCUGGGUCGUGAUGAACUGCCUUGCCGAAAUGGUCACAUAUCUGCCCAUGCGCGGCAUCACUGUACCCUACUUUGUGGAUCGUUUUGUUGACCCCAGUCUUGGUUUCGCUGCUGGCUGGAAUUACUGGUAUGCCUAUGCCAUACUCAUUGGUGCGGAAGCUACUGCUGCUGGUAUCAUCAUUGACUAUUGGGGCGCCAACGUCAACAUCGCCGUGUGGAUUACCAUAGUCUUGGGGGUGAUCCUGUUUCUCAAUAUUAUUGCCGUCAGCUUUUUUGGUGAAGCCGAAUUUUGGUUUGCCAGCAUCAAGCUUAUUACCAUCAUGGGUCUCAUCAUUCUUGGUAUUGUCGUCUUCUUCGGCGGCGCUCCUAAAUCGGAUGGCGUGCUUGGAUUCCACUAUUGGAAAAGUCCAGGAGCCUUUGUUGAGUACAAGGCAACUGGCAGCACGGGCAGAUUUCUUGGAUACUGGCACGCCCUGGUCUCGGCCGGUUUCGCCUUUAUCACGUCGCCCGAACUGAUUGCCAUUGCCGCUGGUGAAACUAUUGCGCCUCGACGCAACAUCCCCAAGGCAGCUCGUCGAUUCAUCUGGCGUCUGGCAGUCUUCUACGGCCUCGGUUCACUCAUCAUCGGCAUCAUAGUGCCGUCGGACGACCCAACACUCCUGGGUGCCAACAAACAAGGCAAAUCAGAUGCGAGCGCCUCACCUUUUGUCAUUGGUAUUCAGAACUUUGGCAUCCCUACUCUGAACCACAUUAUCAAUGCCGCUAUCCUGACCUCGGCCUGGUCGGCUGGUAACUCCUUCCUCUACUCUGGCAGCCGUGUGCUCUACUCCAUGUCGCUCAACGGCCAGGCACCCAAGUUGUUCCGCACGACCAACCGAAAUGGCGUUCCUUGGGUUGCUGUUCUUGCCACCUGGUCCGUUGGUCUUCUGGCCUACCUCAACGUCUCCAACUCUGGCGCCGAAGUUUUCGCCUGGUUUACCAACAUCUCCACCAUUUCCGGUUUUAUUGCCUGGAUCAUUGUUAUGGUUACCUACCUGCGUUUCCGCCGCGCCAUGAUCUACAACAACCUCUUGCAAAGCCUACCCUACAGAACGGCGCUCCAGCCGUACGCUACCUAUGCUGCACUGGCGGUUAUCAGCAUCCUCACAAUUACCAACGGAUUCCAAACCUUCAUACCCUUCAAGGCCAAGGACUUUGUCGCCGCAUACAUUACAUUGCCUAUUUUCUUGAUAUUGUAUGCUGGUCACAAAAUCAAGUCCCGAACUUCUCUAUAUAUCCCUGUGGACCAGAUCGAUGCCAUCACGGGCAAGAAGGAGAUGGAUGAGUUGGAAGCCAUUGACCAGCCGCGUGUGGCCAAGAACUGGCUGCAAAAGGCAUGGUAUUGGCUUGCAUAG